GCCUGACUACGUGACGCAACAAGAUUUGAAAGUCUGGCGGGUGGAGAAAAUAAAUAAGAGAACAAGUGAGGACUUCAGAAAGAAAACACCAAACAUGUCUAGCACAUUAAAAGGGAUCACUUUGAAGGGGAGUGCAGAAAUCGUCGCUGAAUUCUUUUCGUUCGGCAUCAACAGCAUCCUGUACCAGCGCGGCAUCUACCCACCGGAGACCUUCUCCCGGGUCACCCAGUACGACCUCAGCCUGAUGCUCACCACCGACGGCAAGCUCAAGAACUACCUGGCCAACGUGGUGGCUCAGCUCAAAGAGUGGCUGUGUGAGUGCACGGUGCAGAAGCUGGUGUUGGUCAUCACCUGCCUGGAGACCAAUGAGGUGCUGGAGCGCUGGCAGUUUGAUAUCGAGUGUGACAAAUCUGCCAAGGAAAGCAGCGCUCCUCGGGAGAAGUCUAUUAAGGCCAUCCAAGAGGAGAUCCGCUCGGUCAUCAGACAGAUCACAGCUACCGUCACCUUCCUGCCUCUGCUGGAGACUGCCUGUGCGUUUGACCUGCUGGUCUACACAGACAAGGACCUGGAGGUACCAGAGAAGUGGGAGGAGUCAGGGCCGCAGACCAUCAGCCAAUCGGAGGAGGUCCGCCUGCGCUCGUUCACCACGUCCAUCCACAAGGUGAACAGCAUGGUGGCCUACAAGAGGACCGACUCCAUGUAGACGCCCUCCCCUCCACAUGGGGGCGCUCUCCUGAGAGGCUGGCGCUGUGCUGGCUGUUUGAAAUGAGUCCUAAUGAGAGAGCUCAUUUGGAACACUGCAUCAUCAUAAUCACCAUCACCAUGGCCACUACAGUGAUGCUGUCAGGAAACGCCCAACAGGCCAUCCACCCUUCCCACACACUGCCAGCGCACAAACACACACGCUCUCACUCUCUCUCUCUGUUUUUCUGUCCUGAUUGUACUCCUCUUCUCUCUCCUCAUGUCUUCCUCUUCCGUCUGUUUGUCUGUCCUGACUGUGCUCUUCUCUCCCUCUUGUCUCUGUUUCUCUGUGCUGAUGUAAAUAGUCUGAUCUCGGCUCUCUUCCCGUGUUCUUCCCGUCAGUCGUACUCCGACGGAAUAGUAUUGUUUUAGAGGUUCAGGGUCUUUUAUGAAAAUGUAAAGAAAUGUAUUCUUAGAGCAAUAAACAUCUCCUUGUGUAUGGCG